ACCUCCCGACGUGAAUCGCAUGUUUGGUUCAUGAAUGGCGCACCGGAAAUCGUUGCAGCAGGUAUCUGCGUAGUAACCAUCAGCAGUACAGGUACUGUUGUUGUGAACAUGCCUGUCUGUACCCACAUCGGCGGAAUGUCCGAGACAGCAGCUGACACGACUGUCCUUGUAUGUGAACAAGCCACGGAGCCCAGGAGCGGGACCACAUCAUCAAAAGAUAAUAACAUCUACCCAUGCCGCCCGUUUCGCGUUCCAUGCUUGAUAUCGAGUAACGAGGCGAGGCAGCUUCAUAUCGCGAUUCAUGAGCAACGAACAUGAGCGAGCCCCGAGACCGUAUAUCCGAAGGGCUAGUGAAAAGCACAGGUGCUUCUCAGCCUG